AUGAACAGAGCAGAUUCACCCAAACCACCAGUUGCUCCCAAGCCGAAGGCUGCCAGUCCCCUCACGCCAGUGACGGCACCCAAAUUCCCCUCGUCCCCCCGGCCCGAGUGUCUUCACAGUCCCAACUCCAUGUCCAGGGGGCCGAAACCCCCCAUCGCCCCGAAGCCCAGGCUGGCUACCCCCAGUGAGUGGAGGGCCAGCGUCUACAUGAUCAACAGCUUGAACAAAUGCAGCAAUGGGAAGCUGCCCUGCGUAGACAGGGGGCUCUACGACGAGCACCGGUCCACCCCGGAAUGCUCCGAGCCUGAGGCAGACGAGGAUUACAUCGUGGCCCCCGGGGCUCCGGCAGCAGAGGACGGACCCAGGGAUGGGGGCUCCGUGGAGAAUGCAGUCACGGUGCCUCCGGAGGCCAGCGGGGGGGAGGGGUGCCAAGAGAGAGGCAAGGCGUGUGAGCAGGAAGGGGCAGCAGCUUCAGAGGACUGGGCAGCCCCGGCGGAAGCAGUCCUGGGUGGAGAGGACGAUGGAGGCGUCACCCCCACUCCUGAGAACGUGGAGGUGGAGGACUGUGCCUGUGCCCUGGGGGCAGAGGAGCAGAAGUUCACAAGUGAGGAUGAGGAGAAGCAGGUGGAAGAACACAGCGUGUACAGCCUGGAGGACGGGGGUCCUGGGGAUGGAGAGGCGGUCCUUCCAAGCGAUAUCAUUCUAACUCACCUCGAUGCAGAGGACCCAGCAGCUCGUGGUGAGGAGCCCGGGCCGCCUGUGACACCCAGGGAGUCAGAGGAGACUGGUGAGGAAGGCCGCACCAACACAGAACUGGGGGCACCAGACGAGUGUGUGGGCUCUGACGGGCCCCCUGAGUGGGACGCUGCCAAUGGCGGCGAGGAGGCCCCAGAGAACGAGGGGUUGGCCCCCGGUGUCCCGGAGGCGGAGGCGGCCACAGACAGCCCUGACAUCCCUCAGGAGGCGUGUGAAGAUGCCCCAGGAGGUGGUGGCCAGGACGGUCAGGCUGAGCCAGCUGACCAGAAAGAGAAACCUGACCCAGAAGAAACAGCAGUGGUCACCCAGGAGGUGGGAGGGGACCCUCAAGAAGGUGAGGACCCUGUGCAGGAUGAAGGAGCUGAGGAGAGCUGCCAGAUCAUUCCUUUCGAGAGGGACUGUGUGGACGACUUUGUGGCUCCACUCUCAGGACGUCCCUACGAGUUCUUCCCAAGCGAGAGCACCUCUUUCUGUAGCGAGAGCUGCUCUCCUUAUUCCGAGUCAGCACAAAGCUUAGAGUCCGAGCAGGAGCCGCGGUCGGGGGAACGGGCGCAGCAGGACCCCGUGGCUGGGCCUGGAUGUGGCCGGCGUGGCUCCCUGCAGGGUGGCGCUGGGGAGGGACCCUCUGUCCCUGACGUGGUGGUCAUGCCAGAGGAGGAGGAUUCCGCGGACGACGCGCUCGCCAACCCCUAUGAGAUGGGAGUUGGCCUGGUGUGCGGGGUGGGCCCUGGGGAGGGGGAGAAGCCUGAGGCACAGGCUGCCUCGGGCACCGCGAGUGGCUGUGGAUUGAAGGAAGAGGUGAGCUCUGAUGCGGAGGGCGGCCUGGUCCCCAUCGACAGGAAGAAUGUCACCACGAGGGCCAGGCCCCACUCCGGGAAGAUGGCUGGCUACGUCCCAGAAACUGUCCCGGAAGAAACGGGACCGGAAGCUGGCUCAUCAGCCAUUGGCAUUGGGGGUGCCACCAAGGAGGCGAGGAAGGCGGUCCUGUCAUUGGAGGGGAGGCCGCUGGACGUCGGCAGGGCCUUGCCGGCAAAGCCCAGAGCCUUCACUCUGUACCCGCGAUCGUUCUCCGUGGAAGGCCGAGAGAUCCCCGUGUCCCUGUGCCGGGAGCCCGAGGCGUGUGGCCUGGACGGCCACGGGAUCAAGAGGAAGGACGACAACCUCUCUCUGCCCUGCAUGAUUGGCUCCUCUGGCAGCUUCUCUCAGAGGGGCCACCUCCCCUCCAGCGGCACCUCCACCCCGUCUUCCGUGGUUGACAUCCCGCCCCCUUUUGACCUGGCCUGCAUCACCAAAAAGCCCAUCACGAAGAGCUCCCCCUCGCUCCUGGUGGAGAGUGAGCCCCCGGACAAGCACACCAAGAAGAAGAAGCCGUCCUUUAAGCGGUUCCUGGCGCUGACGUUUAAGAAGAAGACAGAGAGCAAGGUGCACGUGGACGUCAACGUGUCUUCGUCCAGGUCCUCCUCGGAGUCCAGCUACCAUGGGCCGGCCCGGCUCCUAGAGAUGGACCGGAGGAGCCUCAGCAACUCCCCGCAGCUCAGAGCGAGGACCGGCAAGCUCUGGGCUUGCGACUCGCCCUCCUCCCUCAUUUUCUACAGGGACGGCAAGAGGAAGGGCGUCCCCGUCAGCAGGACGGUGUCCAGGGUGGAGUCCUUCGAGGACCGCUCCCGGCCUCCUUUUCUGCCCCUGCCUCUGACCAAGCCGCGCUCCAUCUCGUUCCCCAACGCUGACACCUCGGACUACGAGAACAUCCCGGCCAUGAACUCGGACUAUGAAAAUAUCCAGAUUCCACCUCGGAGGCCCCCAAGGGCCGGGACGUUUACGAAGCUGUUUGAAGAUCAGAGCAGAGCCCUGUCCACAGCAAACGAGAAUGACGGCUACGUGGACAUGAGCAGCUUCAACGCCUUCGAGAGCAAACAGCAGAGUGCAGACCAGGAGGCAGAAAGCGCCUACACAGAGCCCUAUAAGGUCUGUCCCAUCUCGGCAGUGGCCCCCAAGGAGGACCUCACGUCGGAUGAAGAGCGGGGAAGCUCGGAGGAGGAGGACAGUGCUCCAAGAGACCCCAGCCUCACCCACAAGGUGGACGGACAGUCCAGAGCCCACGUCAUAGCACAGGAACUGCUGUCUUCAGAGAAAGCAUACGUGGAGAUGCUCCAGCACCUACAUCUGGAUUUCCAUGGAGCUGUCAUGGGGGCCUUGGAUGAGAUGGACCAAGAGGGCAAGGACACAUUGGCCGGGGAGGAGCUGCGACGCGGCCUGAGUGAGCUCCCACCCAUCCGCGACCUUCACCAGGGGCUCCUGGAGGAGCUGGAGGAGAGGCUGUCACACUGGGAGAGCCAGCAGAAGGUGGCUGAUGUCUUCCUGGCCCGGGAGCAGGAGUUUGAGCACCAUGCCGCUCACAUCCAGCAGUUUGAUAGGUACCUGAGUCUGCUGGGUGAGAACUGCCUCCACGCCCCCCGGCUAGCAGCUGCCGUCCGAGAAUUUGAGCAGAGUCAGCAAGGAGGCAGCCAGAACGUGAAGCACCGGCUGCUGAGGGUGGUUCAGCGCCUGUUCCAGUACCAAGUGCUCCUCACAGACUAUUUAAAUAACCUUUGCCCGGACUCGGCUGAGUACGAUAACACGCAGGGUUCUCUGACCCUCAUCUCCAAGGUCACAGACCGCGCCAGUGACAGCAUGGAGCAAGGGGAAAACCUACAGAAGCUGGUCCACAUCGAGCACAGCGUUCGGGGCCAAGGGGAUCUCCUCCAGCCAGGAAGGGAGUUUCUGAAAGAAGGGACACUGAUGAAAGUAACAGGGAAAAACAGACGCCCCCGACACCUGUUUCUGAUGAGUGAUGUGCUCCUGUACACGUACCCCCAGAAGGAUGGGAAAUACCGGCUGAAGAACGCAUUGGCGGUGGCCAGCAUGAAGGUCAGCCGCCCUGUGAUGGAGAAAGUGCCCUAUGCCCUGAAGAUCGAGACUUCCGAGUCCUGCCUGACCCUGUCUGCAAGCUCCUGUGCAGAGAGGGACGAGUGGCACAGCUGUCUGAGCAGAGCCCUCCCUGAGGACUCCAAGGCCCAGGCUCUGGCUGCCUUCCAGCAUAGCGUGGAGAUACGGGAGAGGCUGGGGGUCAGCCUGGGGGAGAGGCCCCCGACCCUGGUGCCUGUCACACACGUGAUGAUGUGCAUGAACUGUGGCUGUGACUUCUCCCUCACCCUGAGGCGCCACCACUGCCACGCCUGCGGCAAGAUCGUCUGCCGGAACUGCUCAAGGAACAAGUACCCUCUGAAGUACCUCAAGGACCGCAUGGCCAAGGUGUGUGACGGCUGCUACGGGGAGCUGAAGAAGAGGGGCGGGGACAUCCCAGGCCUGAUGAGAGGGCGGCCCGUGAGCAUGAGCUUCCCCCUGUCCUCCACCCGCUUCUCGAGUAGCGCCUUCUCGUCCGUCUUCCAGAGCAUCAACCCCUCAGCCUUCAAGAAGCAGAAGAAAGUCCCUUCGGCACUGACCGAGGUAGCCGCGUCCGGAGAGGGCUCCACCAUCAGCGGUUAUCUCAGCCGUUGUAAGAAAGGGAAGAGGCCCUGGAAGAAGCUCUGGUUUGUCAUCAAAGGCAAAGUGCUCUACACCUACAUGGCCAGUGAGGACACAGUGGCCUUGGAGAGCAUGCCCCUCCUGGGUUUCACCAUCGUGCCAGAAAAGGAGGAGGGCAGCAGCGAAGUAGGACCUAUUUUUCACCUUUACCACAAGAAAACCGUAUUUUAUAGCUUCAAAGCAGAGGAUACCCAUUCGGCUCAGAGGUGGAUCGAAGCCAUGGAAGAUGCAAGUGUGUUAUAG